AUGGAUCCUUCAAGGAAUCAAUUCUUUCCCAACAGUUUCCAGGGGAAUAUUUCAAAUCAAUUGAACCGUAAGUUUGCAGAUUUCUUUGCUUUAUUAAAGCUCUACAUUGCAAAAAAAUACAAGUUAAUUAGCUUUAGACUUAAAUCAAGGCUCAAAUGUGAACUUGAUGCAGACUUUGUCGCAGCUUUCGAAUUUGGCAAAUUCUAAUUUGAAUUCCACUGCAAUGGGGCAGGAUAUGUUAAAUCGAGGUUAUCUUUCGCAAAAUCUUGGCAACCAGUAUUUAAAUAAUGGCGGACUAAAUAACGGGGUGAAUUGGAAUCAACAGCAAAGUCAGGAUUGGCUGGACACGGUGAGAAUCUCGCAAUGUUCGUGUAUUGUUCAAUUUAGGCAAAAGUAGCUGCGAUGUACAACAUUAUUCAAAGUUCGGUGAAUCCAACGUGAGUAGUAAAAGUUAAUUCAGCUUUUAUUUUUCUUUAGCAAUGUAAAUAAUCAAUUCGGAAGCCCGACAAAUUUUCUUUCAACACCAUCGUCAAAUUUAUUCAACCAACCUCGCGCUGAGCUGCCGUCUGUUCCAAAUUCCGAGAUUAGCAUGUUCUCGAAUCAGUCGUCAGCGUCGUUGACUCCAAGUAUGCAGAGCAGUCUUGCCGAUAAUGGAUUUGGAACCUACAAUUUUAACCCGUUGCCGUCCACUUCUGCAAGUCAGGUAAAAUAUACUAUCUUUGUUCGCAUUUCUUAAGUUUAGGAUUUGCAGCCAGCUUUAUCUCAACAAAUUGAUGCCGAUGCGCUCAGCGAGUUUCUCGACAUCCGAAGUAACGACUUCCUAGCUGGUUCAAGCAGUUUAGGAAACAACCUUCAAGAAUUUAACAAUUCAACUUACAAUCAAGAACCUCUGAUUCCCAAAACCUCAUUUCAAUCUGCAGCCUCAUUGUCUUAUAAUAAUGACCUUCCUACGACGUACGCUGAGCCUGUUACCCAGAGUGCGACGUCGCAACGAAAUGAUGACCCCAUGAUUGGAAGUCAGCAUUUUGAUCAAAGUCCGUAUCAGACAAACGCUUCAAGAACUCCCAAACAACACUUUGAGGGGGCCACAACAAGUAGAUUCCAGGAGAAUACCCAUCUUUUCAACGAAGAUUUGAGCAAUGUUGAUCUGCUCGAUCUUGCUGAAAAGCUAAAUAAGUACGAGGAAGAACUUAACGCUGGUUCUGACACUCGACAAGAUAUCGGUUCGCACGACGUCAACAAUGUUAAUUCAGCGACGACCUACGACGAAUACUUAGCUGCGUCUUCUGAGCAGACAAGUCACCGCACCGACAACUGGUCAAUAAGUCGUCUUGAGCACGACAAAAACGUUGACGAUCAAACUCAUCCGGUAACCGAAAGUCAGGGAGAACAUGGCCAACGCGAGGCGACCCAUUAUUCGUCGCAAUGCGUACAAUCUUGCGAAGCCGUUAAGGAAAGACCAGCCGUUGAAGAGGAUCCGGACGCUAUGCCGGAAAAUUUUCUGGAAGAGCCAAUGGAAAGAAAAAGCAGCAUGGAAAUGGCCGAUGAGCUAUCAGUGUCUGUUAGCAACGCUAAGCCACAGUUAGAUUCGUCGGCGGUCGUGAGUGCGACAGAUGCCAAGACGACUUCAGAAGCACAAGUAAAAAGUAGUGUGCCAAAAGAUGACGCGGUCGUGACAAAAGAGGAAGAGGUUGAUCAAACAGGAACAGCACUGAUCGACUUCUUGAAUGGCAUGGCCGGGGGUACUGAGAGAGAUUCCCCGGAACCAAUGGCGAAUCCAAGCUUUGAGCCCGUUCAAGUAAGCUGCCUCCAGGUUUUUUUGCCUACUACUGAACCUCUGUACAACGAACUCCUAUACAAUGAGACCCAUCUAUAACAAACGGUUUAUAUAAGAAGUACCACCAGGCAAUUUAGGCCAAUACAAACCGUUGUACAACGACACUCCACUAUAACGUAUAAAUUUUUUAUGUCUGUUGCGAUUUGUGGUACAGAGGUUUCGGUAAUUGUCAAGGUUUUCUAGAUUUUAACUGGACGUUCUUUCAGUUUACCCCUCCAGAUUCUCCAACAGCUCCAGCUGCCCCAUCUUUCCAACAAUCUGCUCCUUCUUUCUCAUCGUUUCCUUCCUUCGGCGUGCUAGGAUUUACACCAUCGACCAAUCUAGGGCUUCAGCCAUCAAGCUCGAAAUUGGUCUCUUUUUUGCCUGAGGUUAAGAGUGAGACAAAAGAGCCUUUGCUCAGUAACAGCAUGUUCAAUGUAAAGAAAAAUGAGCUAAUAAAAGAGCUGCCAAAGAAAAUACCAAUCUACAAGCAGGACAUGGACUUGAAGGAGGAGAAAGAAGAUAAGAAAAGUAAGCCUCUUUUACACGAUAGUUCAAGGCCGACCUCGGCCAAUCUUCAUGGGUAAAAUACGCUGCUUAUUGUCAUGUCUUCAUUAAUAAACUUUCAGAGGCCGGUGGGAAUGUCUACGACUUUGACGAAGACGAAUUCGGCUUUGAUCUAAAGCCAGCGGAGUCUAAAUUCAAAAAAGAUGAGCCAAUGUCAACCAAGCCAACACUGCCUACAUCGGUUUACAAACCAAUAAAGCCAAAAACUCAAUCGUCGAAUCACAGCAAAACCAAACCACUCAGGAUAAAAAUACGCCCGAUCGAACCGCCGCCAGACAAUACCACUUGCAUCCAGGUGCUUCAAAAGGAACUUGAAGCCAGUUCAGAGCCAAUUAAAAUAUCACCGUUUGGUGAUAUCGAUAUAUCUGUUAAUCCAACACCAAAGGCGUGGCGAUGGGACUCGGAUCCGAAUGAGAAUACCAAAUUGGAAGUUGUGGUGAAAGAAGAGGAUCAGUCGGAACGCCCUUCCUUGAAGUUGACAAUAAAGAUGACAAAGAAAGAGCCAACAAGCUAUUUCGAAGAGCCGGAGGAGAAAUCGAAAAAGAAAAGAAAGCACAGUGAAUCCGAAGAUGAGGAAGAUGAAUAUUUGCCGAGUGCUUGUAGAAAACAUAAGAAAAAGAAGAAAAGGAGAAUGUCGUUCAAGGAAAUCGACCCGCUAGAUGAUCUGGAUAGGUAAAAUAACCUCGAAUAAUCAUUCACACUUUUUUUUUUUUUUUAACUUUUUUUUACUGUGCAAAAAACGCAAAUUUUCGCACUGUGCGAGACAAAAAAUACGCCAAAAUAGCCGUCGCACGGUGCAAUGAGUACAAUUUUUUGCACAGUGCAAAAUUUGAGUGAAAAUUUACGAAUUCAAAAUUGAGUAUUAAACCAUUUACAACACGUUUUUUCAGAGUCUCUCAAUGCAGUUCAUCCGAAUCCCACCCAAUCUCCGUACGAAGAAAUUCGAUUAUUGAUCCGUUCAAGAAUGCAAAUUUGUUGGACGAUGACUCGAAAUACAAAUAUUUGGCUCUAGAAAGAACUGAAAAUAAUACGAAGGGUGACUUUGUGGUCGAUAAAAGUGAUUUGAUCAAUUCGGACCCUGAGGACAUUUGCAUUUGGAGGAUCGAAAAACAGGUCAAACUGAAGUUCGAACCGUGUGAUGAGGAGUUUAGCGGGUUGUAUGCAAUGACUGACCAUGUAAGAUUUAUAUGGGGUUCUUGGAAAAUCUAAUUUUAUUUUUUUAAUUUUUUUUUGGAAUUUUUCAAAUCUUUUUUGUUCGAAUCACAGGGAACUCAAAAUCACUUAUAAAAACUUUUAUUUACUUAUAAAAACUUCAAGUUUUUAUAAGUAAAUAAAAGUUCUUAUAAGUGAUUUUCAAAUCACUUAUAGGUAAUUUUUAUUUUCGGCGCCCGGGAAAUUCACUUAUAGGUAAUUAUAAAUACUUAUAGGUAACAGAAAAUUAUGCACAGUGCAGGAUAGAUAAAAAUUUAUUCAAACAAAGAAAAAACAACUUAAUCUGAUGUAUUACCGGUUAGAUAUUUGAUUAGCGCAUCUUCUAUGCUCCGGGUUAGCUUCCAUCUGUCAUUUGUCCUGACGGGGCAUGAUUGUUUUUGUGAGACAUCUGCGAUGGGUUGGAUUCACUGAAAAUAGUCAAGAUAAAGAAAGAUAACUGAACUAUAAGCCCCUUUUUUAACUGUUUUUUCUACGCUUUUCCAUCCCAAAAAAUUAAUUUGAGGUUCAGCAUUUGGCAAUGAGAUUUCGAGACAUCAAGUUUUUAUGUUGUACUAGGUCCAGGUGAAUACUAUCAACAUACCUGGGGCAUCCGAUAGCCAUUUUUUCCAGACAUUGUGCGCACGCUGUCCAUUUACUUCCUCCAUGAACAUUUUGUGAGUAUCUGAAAACUAGAGGGUUCACCUGGACCUAGUACAACAUAAGAAAACCAUGCCUUGAAAAGUUUCUGGCCUUCUGAAAUGUGAAAGCAGUUUAAAAAACCUACCAAAAUUGAGGAAAGGGUUCUUCAUCUGAAUUCUUGGUUGAUUAUGCUUGUUCUUAGAUCUUCCGAGGCUGCCUGAUGCUGACAUGCGUUCUAUUCGAGAAGUUUCUUAUGUUCCGGAUUUAUUAUCUAUCCACUUUUUACAGUUCUGAAAGACAAAAUGCACUAAAAGUACCUUACCUUGUUCCAUCCAAGGUAUAAAUACCCUUAUGCACCUUCAUUGACCAGUACUGCUCCGAAAAACUUAGAAUUUCUAAGUCUCGCCCAUGCGUUCAAAAAGCCAAAAGCGUCUCUGGCGCUCAACUGUUUUCUUUUCGGAGUCCUUAUUGGUAAUUAUAGGUAAAUAAAAGUUCUUAUAAGUAAAUAAAAUUUCUUAUAAGUAAAUGAAAAUAGGCUCCGCCUUUUUUUAACUUAUAAGUGAAUUUUUGGGAAAUAUUUUUACCUAUAAGUAAAUAAAAGUUUUUAUAAGUAAAUCCGAAUCCCCUGUGAUUCAAGUUUGAUCUAACAAAAAAUUUAAUUUUUUAAACUUUUUUCAAAUUUUCUUUUUUGCACUGUGCAAGCCAAAUUUUCCACAAAAAUUUCGACUGCACGGUGCAAAACCCAAUUCUUCAAAAAAAAUUUUUUGCACCGUGCAAUAUGCAAACUGCAAAAACAGUCUUAUUUAACAUACUUUUGAUAUUUAGUACGCCGUUUGGUACGACGAAAUGAUGUCGAAUUGUGUCAAGAUCAACUGUGAAUACAUCAGUCAAGCCAAGAACAGUGCCAUCAUCCGACCGCUUUAUCCAUUGGCUCAACUGUUCUCAGCGAUUCCUGUGGAUGCAGAAGAGUGUGUGCUGGUGACAGAAAAUGGUGUUACAAAUGAGCUGGAGGAAAUUAAUAAUGAGAUUUUCAACAUUGUCACUGGAUCCGUUGAAAUUUUUAUAAAAGAAGCGGUUUUUCCAGGAUUUCUGGAGUCGAGUGGGAGAGGUAGGCAAUUUUUGAGCUUUUCACACUUGAUUAUUUUCAUUUAUCAUCAUUUUCUUUCCAUUUCGCGUAUUUUUUCCAAAAUUUUUCAAUUUUUUUAAAAUCAAAAAAAAUUUUUGUUUUUAGCUAACAAUCUACAACCUCUAAAUCAACUCCUCGCCCUGAAGGAAGACGUCCUCAAUAAUUAUCUCGAGCGAUUUGAACUCCUCCAACCUUUGAAAGAUAAAAUUUUUUCAUUCAAUCGAAUGGUGACCAUGAAUGAAAAUAACUCGUUUUAUGGUAGUUUGUGUGAGGUAAGCCAACAAUAAUUUAUUUUUAUACAAAAUUUCUGAGUUUAGAACUGCGAAUCAGAUGGAGAAAUCGUAAUGUUUCAUCUUUUUAACACUCCAAAAAGCUUGUUGAAUGUCAUGGAGAAGGUUGAUGUUGAAGAUGAUGAAGAAAUUGAUCAUGAAGACGGUGAUGUCGAGGAUUUUACAGCCACGGUAUGUAAAAAUCAAAAAUUGAAUUACAAAAAAAAAAUUUUCCGCACAGUGCAGAGAAACAGUAUUUUUGCACGGUGCAAGGCCAAAAGUAGGCUAAAAUCUGCCUUGCACGGUGCAGAAAGAUCUAUUUUCUGCACAGUGCGAAAAUUUUUGGAAAAAAAUUUUAUUUUUUGACUAGUUUUUUUAAGUUUUGUGUAAUCAAAAAAUUUUUUUCAGACUUUGGUAUUAUGUGCCAACUGCAAGGACCCAAUAUCCAAAAUUCACUCAAUAAAGCACUGCGCGGACCAUCUUCUGGACGAAUGCCGCAGGGAAAUCGUUGGGAUGUGUCUGAACAGCCCAACAAAAUGGCAGAAAAUGGUUCAUAAAGAGAUGCUCAGCAACAAAAUCUUUAUUGAAAAAGUUAGUUUAUUUUAUUUGAGGAAUUAUAAAAUAAAUUUCGUAUUUUACAAAAAACCUUUUAAACUAUUUUCAGGUCAGCAAAAAGUACACUAAACUUCUGGAUUCGGACAUUGAAUAG